AUGGGGAGUGUGUUAAAAAAAAAGUUUGUUUCUAAGAUUAUAAAGAAAAGGAAGCCUGAUUUGCUAUUUAUUCAGGAAACCAAAUUGGAGAAUGUGGAUCUAAGGAUGGUUCAGAAGAUAUGGGGUAACACAAACGUGGAGUUUGCAGUUUCUAAUUCUAUUGGAGCUUCGGGGGGAAUUCUGAUCUUAUGGGAUUUUGAGGUGUUUAAGGCAUCAAAUAUCACAGUUCAUAAAUCUUACAUUAUCUUGGAAGGUAUGCUAUAUGGUGAUUUCCAAUGUGUUCUAGUUAACAUCUAUGCUCCGAAUGGGGAAGUUCAGAGAAAAGAAUUAUGGGAUGAGCUGCUCCAGAUCAAAGCAAGCUCUCAGUUACCGUGGUGCGUAGGGGGGGAUUUGAAUGAAAUCAUAGAAAUAGAUGAAAGAGUGGGAUGCACUAAUGUCAACCGAGGUAUGAGGGAAUUCAAAGAUUUUAUUAACAAUAUGGAGCUGAUGGAUAUUCCCAUGCAGGGUAGAAAAUUCACUUGGACCAAUUUUCAAGACCUUGCAAUCCACAGUCGGCUUGAUAGAUUCCUUCUAUCUCAAUCUUUUAUUGACAGAUUCAAAUUGGUGCAAUGGGGUCUACCUAGACCCAUCUCGGAUCAUAAUCCCAUCAUGAUUGCAGAUGAUUGUAGAGACUGGGGACCGAAACCAUUUCGAUUUAUGGAUAUUUGGUUAACUAACCCAAAUUGUUUGAAAGUAGCUAAAGAAGCAUGGGAGAGUUGUCAAGUGUAUGGAUGGGCAGGUUUUGUUAUUGUCCAAAAACUGAGGGCUGUCAAAAAUCGUUUGAAGCAAUGGAAUAAGGAGGAUUUUGGAAAUGUUUUCACAGGUCUUGAAUCAUGUCAAGAGACAAUUUACAAAUUGGAUCUUGUGGCAGAAGAUAGGCAGCUUCACUGA